UCUCCCAACGGUCAAAUCCUUUUAAACAAACAUUUCCCACUCCUUCUUCCUGCUGAUGAUUCGCCUCUCUCAAAAUUCACAAUUUCUCCUUAACAAAAUUCUCUGGAAAUUCAACAUGGAAACAUUAAGCACUCCUUCAAAACGCUCUGUCUCAAAUUCCAUCUCUAAGGUGAGGGUAGUAGUCAGAGUUCGCCCCUUCCUCUCUCAAGAAAUUUCGGCGAAGAAGGGAAACCCUAAGUCCUGUAUUUCAGUUCUCGAUAAAGAAUCUGGAUCUUGUAAUGAAGUUACUGUUCAUCUCAAAGAUCCUAAUACCAUUCGGAGCGAGACCUAUCAGUUGGACUCGAUUUUCGACCAAACAGAUGACACAGUGAGCAAGAUAUUUUACAGUGAAGUGAGCCCGUUGAUCCCAGGAGUCUUUUAUGGCUGCAACGCUACGGUGUUUGCUUAUGGAGCCACUGGUAGUGGAAAGACUUACACAAUGCAGGGUACUGAUGAGAAGCCAGGCCUAAUGUCAUUAGCCAUGUCCACAAUUUUAUCUAUGUGCCAGGGAACAGGAAGCACAGCAGAGAUUUCAUAUUAUGAAGUCUAUAUGGAUAGGUGUUAUGAUCUUUUAGAGCUAAAAGCAAAAGAAAUUGCUAUUUUAGAUGACAAGGAUGGGCAAAUACAUCUUAAGGGACUCUCUCGAGUUCCAGUUAACUCCAUGACAGAAUUUCAAGAGGUAUUCUAUUGUGGAAUCUAUAGACGGAAAGUAGCACACACGGGAUUGAAUGAUGUUUCUAGUAGAAGCCAUGGUGUGCUUGUGAUAUCUGUUUCCACUCCUAGGCUUGAUGAUUCUGGUGCUCCCUUCAUUGGGAAGCUGAACCUCAUAGAUUUAGCAGGUAAUGAAGAUAAUAGAAGGAGCUGCAAUGAAGGGAUUCGUCUUCUAGAGAGUGGCAAGAUCAACCAAUCCUUGUUUGCAUUGUCAAAUGUGAUAUAUGCACUGAAUAACAACAAACCCCGAGUGCCUUAUAGAGAAAGCAAAUUGACUCGUAUCUUGCAAGACUCACUUGGAGGGACAAGUCGUGCCUUGAUGAUUGCUUGUCUGAAUCCAGGAGAGUACCAUGAAUCUGUUCAUACUGUUAGCUUGGCUGCUAGAUCACGCCACAUUUCAAACUCUGUUCCAUCAGCCCAAAAGUUUGAGACUCCAACAGUUAAAGUUGACAUGGAAGCAAAGUUGCAAGCUUGGCUUGAAUCAAAAGGCAAGACUAAGAGUUCACAAAGAAUGGCAGCUUUUGGUUCUCCCUUUCAAGGCAAAGCUCCUACAACCUCAGUCAAGAAAACCAUUAAUCACAGCUCUGCAAAAGUGAAGGCUUCCACCAACCAAAGCACUUCUAUUGCUAAAGACAGGGAUUUAUGUGGUCCUUUCAGGAACUUAUUUGUUACUGAAGGUUUAAGUGAUUCUUGUUCAGUGAACCUCAUCAAUUCAGUAACAAACGAUACAGAAGAAACAAGCAUUGGUACUGACGGAAUGGUACCUAAAUCAACUGGCUUUGAAAUUGUUGUAGAUAUGCCAGCAGAAGAGAAGGCAACAAUCAUAAACCCUAUGGCGUCUUCACCAAUUUGUGAGAGGAUAGCUGCAAGGCAAAGUCCCUUAAGAAAAGCACUCUCCCCUGUCAACUUCAAUGUGAAUCCAAAUCAUCAUGAGGAACUAUCAUGCGCUGACCAUUUAUGCCAAGUAACUGAACCAAAGACCCCCAGAACACCUUUUACUCUGGCAUGUGCUAACAAAUUGCAACCAGUUAACACUCCACUCGAGAAAUUUGGUGCACAAAGUGCUAGUUUAAAGAGCUCACUUAUACAAGAAUACAUUGAUUUCUUGAACACUGCAAGCAGCAGAGAAGAGCUACUUGAGUUAAAGGGGAUUGGACCUAAGUUGGCAGAUUAUAUCUAUGAGCUAAGAGAAACUAGCCCCUUGAAGUUGCUAACCGAUUUAGAGAAAAUAGGGCUUUCAUCCAAACAGGUCUAUAACUUGUUCAACAAAACCGCAAAAGGAAUUUUUGAUGGAGCAGAAAGUGCAACUCCUGGUUGUCCAGAAAUCUUCUAAGUCACAUAAAUAUGUAUUUGGUUGUAACCAUUUUAAUGGAGCUUCAUAUUCUUUUAUGAUAUGUUGUAAUGAAUUCCUUAAUGUGACUAUGAUUCAGUGUAACAAGAUGUAGGUUUGGAUGAUUUAGUUUAACAUGUGAGGUAGGUUUGCUUAUGAACUCUGAAACAAAGUUGGAAUGAGUAUUGUGCAAAAUAUAUUACUACAAAAA